CAAAAAACACAUAAUAAAAGAAUAAAAUACAAAUAAGUAGGUGUUGCAGAACAUAAUGCAGUCCAAUGUUUACUGCAUCGUCCACAGACCAGUUUGCUCUGUAGGCAAACUGAAGAGGAUCCAGCAAGGGCCCAGUGAUGUCCUUCAGGGAUGGGGAUGAUGGUGGAACGUUUGAGGCAUGAAGGGACUUCGCACAGCUCCAGCGAUCUGUUGAAGAUCUGUGUGAAGAUGGGGGCCAGCUGGUCAGCACAGGAUUUCAGACAGGCUGGUGUAACACAAUCUGGGCCUGUGUGUCUUGAUCUCCUGAAGGAUCCAGUGACCAUCCAGUGUGGACACAGUUACUGUAUGAGCUGCAUUAAAGACUGCUGGGAUAAAGAGGAUGAGAAGAGAGUCUACAGCUGUCCUCAGUGCAGACAGACCUUCAGUCCAAGACCUGCUUUAUUUAAGAACGUGGUGUUUGCUGAAAUGAUGGAGAAACUGAAGAAGACUAAACUUCAAAGUGUGGUUCCUGCUGGAGCUGGAGAUGUGGAGUGUGACGUCUGUACUGGAAGAAAAUACAGAGCGGUCAAGUCCUGUCUGGUGUGUCUGGAGUCUUACUGUCAGAAUCACCUUGAACAACAUGAGAGUUGGUUUAAAGGAAAGAGACACAGUUUGAUUGAAGCCACUGGACGACUGCAGGAGAUGAUCUGCCAGAAACAUGAGAAGAUCCUCGAGGUUUUCUGUCGCACAGAUCAGAAGUGUAUAUGUGUGCUGUGUACAGUUACUGAACAUAAAAACCAUGACACUGUAUCAGCUGCAGCACAGAGGACAGAGAAACAGAAGCAGCUGAAGGAGACUCAGAAGACGCUCCAGCAGAGAAUCCAGCAGAGAGAGAAAGAUCUCCAGCAGCUGAGAGAGACUGUGGAGUCUCAUAAGCGCUCUGCACAGACAGCAGUGGAGGACAGUGAGAGGAUCUUUACUGAGCUCAUCCGCUCCAUUGAGAGAAGCCGCUCUGAGCUGAUACGACUGAUCAGAGAUCAGGAAAAGACUGCAGUGAGUCGAGCUGAAGAACGACUGGAGCGACUGGAGCAGGAGAUCAAUGAUCUGAGGAGGAGAGACGCUGAGCUGGAGCAGCUUUCACACACACAGGAUCACAUCCAGUUCCUGCAGAGUUUCCAGUCUCUCUCAGCAGCUCCUGAAUCUACAGACGUAAAUGAUGAUCUCUUCAGUUCUCUCUUCUCUUCUGAUGAUCUGAGAGAUUCUGUCCAUCAGCUGAGAGACAAACUUGAGGAUUUCUGCAAAGAGGAGCUCAAGAAGAUCUCAGACAGAGUCACAUUCACCAACAUUGAUCCCAGAACCAGGAAGGACUUCCUACAAUAUUCCCGUCAGCUCACUCUGGAUCUGAACACAGUGAAUAAACACCUCCGUCUGUCUGAGAACAACAGAGUGAUUACUAACACUUACACACUCCAGUCGUAUCCUGAUCAUUUAGACAGAUUUGAUUAUUAUCAUCAGGUGUUGUGUAGAGAGAGUGUGUGUGGACGCUGUUACUGGGAGAUUGAGUGGAGUGGAAGUGUGUUUAUAUCAGUGUCAUAUAAGAGCAUCAGCAGGAAGGGACGGGGUGUUGAGUGUUGGUUUGGAUGUAAUGAUCAGUCCUGGAGUUUGUAUUGCUCUUCCUCCAGUUACUCAUUCAUGCACAGUAACAUACAGACGGAUGUCUCUGUGAAGUCCACCAGCAGUAGAAUAGGAGUGUUUGUGGAUCACAGAGCAGGAACUCUGUCCUUCUACAGCGUCUCUGACACAAUGAGCCUCAUCCACACAGUCCAGACCACAUUCACUCAGACGCUCUAUCCUGGGUUUGGGGUUUAUAAAAGAUCAUCAGUGAAACUGUGUUGAUGAAUCAGAAUACACUGACGAGAGAUUCUACCCAUAAUGCUUUGAGCUGCAUGAUAAAUCUGUAACAGUGUUAUUACUGAAUCUCUUCUUAUCUCUUCAUGACUGUGAUGAGUGGUGCGGGG